AUGUCAUACCAGAGGGUCGUUACUCACGUGUGUCACGAGACGGUUGCACUGGCCGAUAAGCCACCCGUAGACGAAGGCUGGCUACCGCGGCGGCCACUCUUCCGGCGCAAAGACGGCCGAAGAUCGUUUCUCACGUCACUAUCGGACGUGUCGUGUCCCGUACGACAGAAAACCGGGUCGUGGUGGUUUUUUUUUUUUGCGAGGACGGGAAGGGGGACCGAAGAAAGUGCAGAGCGACGGCGCUCGCGAAUUGAUCACGCGAAAGUUUUACGCUCGGUGCACGAAGACGUGAAAAAGAGUUCGGCGGGGUGA